UUACUUCAUGGUCCAGAGUUUAGUGCGCGAGAGCGAAAGAGGAAAAACGAGAGAAACAGUAAAAAACCUCAAAAUAAACAGAUCCCAACAUUGUAGUAGUCACAUAAUUUGUUUACGGUUUAUAUGGGCACUUUAAAAACAUUUCUCGUUUGGUGCUAAACUCAUCAACUAGAAAUCAAGAAUAAUUCAUUCAGUGUGUAAAAAUGGAAAAGAGUGAUACACCACUUGACAGUACUACUACUGAAGUCUCUUCGACUGCAACACCAGCAGAGGACCCGCUGUCUUCAUCAACUGAUGUUGCUGCUGCUGCAUCUAACCCCAGAGAUUCAGAAGAUGGAACCGACUUUCUUCUUCCGCCAUUCUCAGCUGAAAUGACAUAUGAUCAACCUCAGUUUCCUCAAAACUUUGAUGCAGGUCAUACAACCAGCCCCAACUACCCUGGUUUUUCAGGUGUUGAUGACUCUUACGAUUGUGAUAAAAGAGAUCCCAACUCUAAGAAAGGUGUGUGUGGACUUCGUAACAUCGGCAACACUUGCUUUAUGAACACCGGCCUUCAGUGUCUGAUGAGCAUCUCUCAUUUAUGCAAAUUUAUUCUGGAACAUGACGAGUUCCAUGAAGCAACCUUAGCUAAGAAUUUCAGUGAUUUGAUGAAAAAGAUCUGGAGCGGAGAGUUCUCUGUUUUAAAACCUUCGACUUUCAAGAAUGCUCUUAGUGAUAUGCACUCCCAAUUUAGGGGCUUUCGACAGCAUGAUGGACAGGAAUUUUUAGCCCUCCUCCUUGACACCUUACAUGAAGAACUGAACCAGGCAAAUCUGCUUCAUAAAUCGAUCUCUCCAGUUGAGGAUGUAUCAGAAGAGUCGUGUGACUCCCAGAAUGCAUCUGAAGCAUCAACCUCCAAGUUGAGUGAGCUUGAGGGUCUUGACAUAGACUCGGGCAAAGAGGAAUCGUCAUGUAGUAACAAUCUUGUCAGCACUGACCAAUCAAAGGCUGUACUUCAGAAGCAUGAUAAUGCUGAUAAGGUCCCGAGCAUAGAGGAAUUUUACAUGAAAGAUGUGAAGACAUUAAAUACAAAUGUCCUAACAGAGGAAGAAUCUUCUCCAGUUACAACCGACAGUGAGAAAUUUCCUAAAUCUCUCGGUCGCCGUGGGAGAAGGACUGAAUAUCAACCACAGGUUGAACAUGUUAAAGAAGGGAAUAACCGGAUUAAAACAAGAGAAAAGAGAACAAAUGUACUUGCGGAUAUGAAGAGCCAUAAGGAAUUAUCACUGAGCCAUGAUAUUCCACAGGGAAGUAAGUUACAAUUAGAUACAAAUAGCUGCUUGGAUAUGGAGAAGAGCAAAAGGAUGAAAAUGGAUGACUGUGGGAAUCCUGAGUUUUUGAAAGAUUUUGCAAAAUACAAUCUACCGGACUCAAGCAGCGAGUACAGCGUUUAUACCGUAAUGAACACAACACAAAAGAACUUUGAUCAAAUCACUUCAGAAAAACUCUGCAGCAAAUUAAUGUUUUCCGAAGCUGUGAAGUGUGACAUGACGAAACAAUCAAACUGUGAUGACGAACAGGCAAAAUUGAACACAUCCAAAGAAAAGCUUGUGAACUGUUUACACAAUGUGGAUGUAGUGAUGGGAAAUUGUCCAGAUGAAAAUCUGCCGAUAGAAAAAGUAGCGUUGAAAUUAGAGCGGAAAUAUGUUGAUGAAGCGGGUGUGGAUAUGGUGACAUCUUCCUCGGACAAUGUACAUGCGGCGGAAUUCACCGGCAGUUGCCAAGUACAGGAGGUAUCCGCUGGGGAUGGCAUGGCAUCUCAGUCUUUCCUCCCAAAUAACAGAAACAUGUGGAAGCAUGAUACAGAUGUUAAUCAGAAAUCCAGGGACAUAGAGGUGAUGUCUGAAUCUAGUAGUAGUUCAAUUCAAUUGGGAGCAGAGGCUGAAGCGAAUAGGGAAUGGGCCAAGUAUUUGAAGCACAAUCAAUCUGUUAUAACAGAGACUUUCCAAGGACAGUUCAAGAGUACGGUCGUAUGUAACGUCUGCAAUCAUGUUUCAGUGACCUAUGAACCUUUCAUGUACCUGUCCGUGCCGUUACCUAGAGCCAUGGAAAAGCAAUUAGUUAUUACAUUCAUACCAAUGGAGAAGUACCCUCCAACACGAUUUUUGGUGACUCUGAACAAACAUGAUUUGGUGUCCAAUUUAAGGCAGAUUGUAUGUGCUGCUUUCCUUAAGGAAGAUUCCAUGGACGCUUCUGAGAUCCUUCUAGCAGAGGUCCUUGACAGUCAUAUUUCACGAUUCCUUGAUGAUGCCAUCCAAAUCUGCUACAUCAACGAUUCUUGCCGACUUCUCUAUGCAAUAGAAACUGACUCCAGACAGUCAGUAGAGCAGCGCUACCUCAUGGAUGGCAGUGUAGACGUCCCCUCUACUACUGAGUCUGCUUCUGGUAUUACCGAAGGAGGAGAUGAGGACAAAGUUUACCUAUCAUUGACAACUGUUGAUUUACUACCAAUGCAAAAUGAUGUAGGGAGCUUACAAGAUGCUGAUGUCAUCAGAUCGGUUGAUGAUGUCAUUAGUUGUGAUGAAGUUUCAAGUUCUAAUAAUCUGUUAUGUGAAAAUGGUUCUGGGGAUCAAAAAAAUUCUGAUCAGGAGAUGACUUUAUUUAGUAUCAGCGACCCCUCCAAGAACUAUGAUGAGUUUGGCAUGAGCACAUGGGAGUCUUCCAGUUCUGGUCAUCAUCUGAACAAUGAACUGUCAGAUAAGAUUGGAGAUGUCACAAAUACAUUUCCUGAUGUAAUACAUAACCCUGCUCUGAAGCCAGAAACACUGGACAAUGUUAAUAGUCUUGGAGAUGGCAGUAAUCAAAUAGAAGGAACUGACAGCUCUGUUCUGACAUCAACUGGUGCCAAAUGUUCAUCUUCUGCUGCAGCACCGGUCAGUGUUGACUGGAAGACUUGCGUUAUUUGUCUUGAUGAAUUUCCUGAAAAUGAGCUGCUCUUGCAUGUAGUUUGUAAGGGCAUCCUCUGCCAUACAUGUAGAGAGAGAGUGACUGCCCACUGUGGGUUUGAGGCCAUGAAAUGUCCAGUUUGUUCCAAAGAAAUCGAUCCCAUUGUAGAUUAUAUUCCAGCUGUCAACAGCUCUCAAAGAGUGAUUGUUAACAAGCGCAUCUUACUUCUACCAGUACAUUUCCAGUUAAUCUUCGAAGAAGAGUCAGUACAGAAGGCUUGUCUGUUUGGCCAUCCACGUGCAAUCUACAUACCUAAUGAAAUUGAAGGGAGAGUGCUUUAUCGAUGCAUUCAAGAUAUGUUACUGGUUGAUGCGAACUUUAAACUCGUUUUAUCAGAUGGACAGGGAUAUCAGUGUAGCCGCUGUAGCUAUGAGGUACACUGCCGAGGGUGUGAGGUUCCCUGUGAAGGAGUGGUCAUGCUUCAAUCCAGUGACAGCUUGAUGGUGGUCUUUGAUAACCUGCUUCCAGAGCAGAUUGAGAUCUCCAGUAGUUGCCAUGAAGAUCCAAUGCUGCAGGAACUUCAGCAUGAUGAUGAAAUCACAUUGAAGCAGUGUUUUGAGGCAUUUUCCAAGAGUGAAUACCUAGAUGAGCACAAUCCAUGGUUUUGCCCUUGUUGCCGGAAACCACAGUGUGCAAGUAAGACACUGUCGAUAUGUCGUUAUCCAGACGUUCUUAUUGUCUACCUCAAAAGAUUCGUCUUCCACAAUUUCAUGAGCACCAAACUGGAUAACAAGGUGCUGUUUCCUCUGGAGGGCCUGGAUGUGAGUCCGUACUUAUGCCCUGCCAUCAGUGCAGAGAAGACUCAGUUGCUGUAUGACCUCCAAGCAUGUGUAUGUCACUUUGGGGGUGUUAAUGCAGGCCAUUAUAUAUCGUAUGUUAAGAACCCCCUGACCAAGGAUUGGUACCACUGUAAUGACGAAACGGUCGUAGAACAAACUCCAACUCAAAAUGAUGCUGCUAGUAUUUAUAUACUCUUCUAUUCCAGAAAAGAUUCCAAUGUGAACUUCCAGUUCCCUACAAGCUUAACAGAAAUUAUUGACACAAAUACUUCACAGCCAUCGGCAUCUGAAGAUGUCUGCAAAGCAUCAGAUGCAUCAGAUCAUCAUGACAAGACUACCAUGAACAUAGAUGAGAAUAUGUCGAUGCUAUAUAAUUCUGACCUGGAGAAUCUGCUGAAAGUGUUACAAGAUGGAAAGAAGAGAGAAGAAGAGGAUGAUGCCAUGAGGGAGGAUUUUUAUCAAUGAUCAUCUUGGAAGUGGUUUUUUUUAGAGAGAUCAAUUGCAUCAAUGGCAGAUUGGUUAACAAUUCAAAAAGAGUAAUGCUUAAGAUCAUUAAGGGGUUAUUAAGUAUCAAGAUUUUUCUCGAGUUAUUUCCACAUUAUCUUGGAAGUGGUUAGUGUUUUUGAGAGAUCAAUGGCAGAUUGGUUAACAAUGCAAAGAGAGCAAUGCUUAAGACCAGUGAAGGUUUAGUAAAUAUCAAGAUUUUUCUCCAGUCAUUUCUGGGUGAUCUUGGAAGGGGUUAAAGUUGUUUUUUUUUUAGAGUGAGUAAUUGCAUCAUUGGCAGAAUGGUUGAAAAUUCAAAGAGAGCAGUGCUUGUGGUGAGUGAAUGAUUAUUAAAUAUCAAGAAGUUAUUUGCUGGUGAAAAAAAUGUUAUAGCAAUUUGGGAAAAAAUGAGGUGACUGGAAAUUAAAUGUUUAAUUGAAUGUUUUUAUUUAAAUUCAUUUUUAAAACAGAUUUUUAAACAAUUUAGUUCACUAUUUUUUGAUGCAAAUAUUUAUUAAUACUUGAAUACUCUGCCAUUGUUGGAAAUGCUAACAAGCAAAAUUCAAAUAUUUGUUUUAUCUGUUUUUAUUUGUAAUGGUGCCUGUAAAUACAGGAUUUAAGUUUAUCAUUUUUUAUUGUUUUUUUUUUUUACAAAGUGUUAUCUCUGGGCUUUGAUUAUGCAAUCUGCUUUCAGUUUUUGAUACCGAUUAGAUACCAAUUUAAUUAGAUUAUUUCAUUAGUGUAGCGUGUUACUUGUUUAAAUAGCCACCAUCAUGUUGAAGACACUUGGCUGUCAUUGACCACAGAAAUGGUUGACAUACACACAACCAUUCAGAAAGAUUGUUUUAUACUGUACAUUUGUUUUCCUUUAAAUUUUACAAAAGAAAAUAAAAAAGUGAAGUUGUAAUGUGAGGAUGUGGUCUCCUGGUUCUUGAAGAUCCUGGAACUCACCAUUGGGCAGAAGGCCUGUGCUUAAUUUUUGUUUAACAACAUUAUAUGAUGAUUUCAUUUCCCUGUCAUCAGCUCCCCCACCCACAUCACUUGUUCUUCUCUGUACAAUACAUUAAAAGGCCAUCUAUCAGAGGUAGAUACAAGUCUCUCUCCAAUUAAUGACCACUUUUGGGACUGGGAUUUCCAUGGUCUUUAGCAACUUUGGUCUCUAAUUAGAAUAAUAAAAAUAAAAGACAUGUUAAUUUGGGACCUCAGAAAAGUGGUCUUUAGUUGGAGGUGGUCUUUAUUUGGAGGGGUCUUUAAUUAGAGGGAAACAUGUAUCUAAAAAAAAAAUGCAUCUUUACAAUUUUUUCCCACUAUAUGAGCUCAUCAUCAGGCGUGAAUCCAGGAUUUGGAAAAUUAAAAAGAAGGAUGUGACCACUGGUUGGAAUAUAUUCGCUGUCACAACCUCCACUUUACACACUUAAAAAGUACAUGUGGUUAAGGGGCCAAAUGUUAUGGAUAGAUGCCAAACAAAAAUAAAUUGUACAGUAAGAUUUUGAGGGAGCUAUGUUACUUUAUGUACUGUAAUUCUAUAAUUGAAUUCUAUAAAACUUGUAAUUCUAUAAUUGAAUUCUAUAAAACUUGUGAAUAUUGAUAAACCUUGCAUCAUGUGUGAUAGUGUUCAUAAAUCUUGUGUAAUUUGUAAAGGAAAUUUGGCAAACAAUUUAUAUCACUUACAUUAUUGCGUAGUGCAUUGCUCCUAUACAAAGUCGCAGCAUACAGUAGGCCUGUGCUUAAUUUUGUUUAACAAAAUUAUAUGAUUAAACUCUCUUAGAACAUGGAUUAAUUGUAAAAAAUAAAAUUCAAUUAAGUCUACUGACUUUGAGAACAUCGUAAA